AUUCAUCUUACAUCGUCACGGCAAACACCCUUCUCGUAGCACAAAACCCUUUCCUGCGCCGACAGCCUAAUCACGAACAAAUCAGAAGAGCAGAAAAGAACCUCGCAAUGCCUCGCGAAAAAAAGACCAGCACGGCCACAAUCCAAGCAACCUCGCAACAGACCCGCUUCAAUCUCGAAGAAACCGCCUCCAAGGAAUUGGACCUAAAGGGUGUGCACAUUUCCAUUGGGAAGCGGGAAAUCAUCUCGGACGCGCACCUCAAGCUAUCCGCUGGCGUCCACUACGUCCUCAUCGGCCGCAACGGCACUGGAAAGAGCACGCUUCUCCGUGCUAUCGGGGAGAAGCUGAUUCCGGGGAUCGCUAGGAAUCUGAGGAUUCUUUUUUUACAGCAGAGUUAUGAUUCUGACGGGGAACGGGAGGGGGAGGGGGAGCUAGAGGGGGUGUUGGAGUUUGUCGUUAGGAGCGAUAGGGUUAGAACUGAUACAUUGAGGAGGUUUGAAAGUGAGUGGUUGUAGGUUGGGGUGUGGGUUUGGAGAGCGAGGGCUAAGAUUUUUUUUUACGCUAUAGCGCUUAAAAGGGCAUUGGAUAACACCGAUGAUCCUACUGAUGCUGUCAGGGUUUUGAGGAUGCUGAAGCAUGAAGGGAGAAUGGUGGAGUUGGAAGAAGCCAAGAAAGCGGCUGCAUUGAGGAGUGGGACCAGAGGUAUGAAGGCUAGAAAGGAGCUUAAGGCCUUGGAAGCUGUUGUUGCUGAGGAAGAAGCCCAGUAAGCCCAACUAGGUCAAAGUGACGCACCUCCCUCCGGUUACUGAAAAAUUCCAGGCUACAGAUAAUCAACGACGAAACGGUGGCAGAAGAGACAGAUGAAGCGAUCAAUGCGCUGGGAGAACUCGAAACCGCUCUUGAAGCUGUGAGUGCAUUGAAAUUUCGGCCCGGGUUGAGCAUCAGAGUUAAUUUACAUAGUAGAUGUCUUCUGCAACUGCCGAGGCUCGAGCCCAACAACUUCUUCUCGGACUUGGCUUCACCCCCAAGAUGAUAGGCCAACCUCUCUCCUCUCUUUCUGGCGGCUGGCGCAUGCGCACAAUCCUGGCAUCACUCCUCUUCCAGCCCUGUGACAUUCUCCUGCUAGAUGAGCCCACUAACUUUCUUGACCUCCCGUCCCUUCUCUGGCUGGAGGGUUAUCUUCAAACCCUGACGGAGACAACCCUCCUCCUCGUAACUCACGACCGAGCAUUCGCAGACACACUCGCAGACGAGAUCAUCGUCCUCCGCGAGGCGAAGCUGGAGCGAUUCCCGGGGAACCUAGCAGCCUACGAAACUGCCCGCACUGAGAACCAAAGGCGCCUAACGCGCAUGAAGGAAGCGCAGGACCGGCAAAAAGAGCACAUGGAGGCCACCAUCGCUGGCAACAUCCGUGCUGCUAGGACCUCCGGCGAUGACAAGAAACUGAAGCAGGCCGCAUCGCGGCAGAAAAAGCUAGACGAGCGCAUGGGUUAUCAGGUCGGCAUCCGUGGCGGCAGGUUCAAACUGAAUCGCGACAUGCCGGGCUUUCACAACAGCGCGCGCGACGAGAUUGAGAUUCCACCGGAUGACCCGGCGGCACGGUUGGCUGUUCCAAGCGCCCCCGCUGAACUACGCUUUCCGGGGCCACUGGUGUCCUGCGAGAACUUGACCUUUACAUAUCCCGGUGCGGAGGCGCCGGUUUUGGAAAAGAUAACCUUGACAAUCCACCUUAGCGACCGCGUCGGCCUCGUCGGCCUCAACGGCGCUGGUAAAUCCACUCUGGUCGCCUGCUUAGUCGACACCAUACCGGGGAAUGGGAGGAUCGCAGGAACACUAACCCACCACCCGAAAUCCCUAAUUGGCUACUUCUCACAAGCAGCCAUAGACUCCCUGCCACAGGACCAGGCAACCACGACACUGUCGCUCCUUGGCGGCGACGAACACGAAGCUCGUGGCGUCCUCUCUUCCCUCGGCCUCGUCGGCGCCACAGUGUCCGAACUCCCGGUCUCGCGUCUCUCUGGUGGGCAAAAGGUCCGUGUCGCGCUGGCACAGAUCCUGCACCCACCCCCACAUUUACUCGUGCUCGAUGAGGUGACUACGCAUUUAGACGCCGAUAGUGUGGUUACCCUGGCCGAGGGGUUAAAAGCGUACGAGGGCGCGGUGGUAAUCGUUAGCCAUGACCGCUGGUUCGUGAGCGCGGUCGUUGAGGAGGAGGGGAGGAAUGGGAAGGUUUAUAUGGUUGGUGGGGGCAAGGUUAAGCAUCUUGCGGGUGGAGUAGCCGCGUUCGAGAAGAGGGUUAGGAAAAGUGUUAAGGGGAGCUUUGGCUAAGUGGGGAGUCAAUGAUUGGCGUUAUAGGAAAUUCCGUGGGAGCUAUUGGUUGGCCGUAGCAUGGGUUAGAUUAGUUUGGGAUACUCGAGCAGUUGGAAGGGAUAACCCUGCGGGGAUAGAUGCAUAUUGGCGAGACAAGGCAAAAGGGGUAUGAUAUCAUAGAUAUCGGAAUAGUCUCAAAAAAAGAACACUGCUAUCAUAGCGUUAGUGAC